AUGGCAGUAUAUCGCUCUUCCUAUCCAGAUCUCGACAUCCAGUCGAUCGAUCUGGUCUCCUACCUUUUCUCUAACCCUUUCAACACCCCCCUCGACCGACCGCUCUAUGUCGACGCUUUCUCCGGAAAACAGUAUACCUUCGGCGAUGUCAUUCAGCGCACUCGCUCGCUGUCAAACGGUCUCCGCCAAAACGUUGGCGUGAAGCCCAACGAUGUCGUCGCAUUCUUCAGUCCCAACUCUAUCGAAUACCCUAUUAUCUGCCACGCUCUGAUCGGAUCGAGGGCAAUUGCCUCUCCUACCAGUGCAGCUCUGACCGCUUUAGAGCUGAAUGCUCAGCUCAAGACCAGCGGUGCGCGAUUCGUCAUCGUGCACUCUUCUCUGCUCCAGACUGCCCAGAAGGCUGUCAAGGGAACCUCUGUUGAGAGAAUUGUCAUGGCCGAUGGCGACUCUUUCGAGGGCCAGCCCACCUGCGAGAAGAUGGCCAGCACUUUCGCCCCAACCGAGUUCUUGACCGUCGACCCCGCCGAGGCCAGUCGCCAACCCACCUUCGUCUGCUUCUCCUCCGGCACCUCCGGUGCCGCCAAGGGUGUCAUCACAACUCACCAGAACAUGACUUCCAACCUCCAGCAAUGGCGCUCCAUCAUGCUCGAGUCCGGUGGACUCUCUCAGCGCCCCACGAGGAGCUCCGCCAUCGGAUUCCUUCCUUUCAGCCAUAUCUACGGUCUCAACCUCUUCAUCUGCCAGUGCCUCAUCUGGGGUACAACCGUCGUCGUCAUGCCCAAGUUUGACCUCGAUGCCUACCUCGGCUACAUCCAGCAGUACCGCCCCGACGAGCUCUCCAUUGUCCCUCCCAUCGCUCUGAUGCUUGUCAAGGACCCCCGCGUCGCCAAGUACGAUCUCAGCUGUGUGCGCAAGAUCAUGUCCGCGGCUGCUCCCCUCACCAUCGAAUUGUCGUCUGCCCUCGAGGCGAAGUUCAAGGAACUGUGGAACACCGAGGUUUUCUGUACGCAGUGCUGGGGUCUCACUGAGACUUCACCACUGGCCACUGCCAUUCCCAAUGAUCGUCUCGAGAAGCGCCUCACAGGAGUUGGCUGUAUCGUGCCCAACAUGGAGUUCCGCUUCGUGGAUCCCGACACGAUGAAGGAUGCGGAAGUCAACCCAACUGGCUCAACCCAGCCUGCUGAGAUCUGGGUCCGCGGCCCCAACGUCGUGCUGGGUUACUACAACAACGAGGAGGCCACCAAGAGCUCGUACCACAUCGACGAGGAUGGAAAGAGGUGGUUCCGCACUGGUGAUAUUGGCACCAUCGAUCCCGAGGGAUACGUUUCUAUCCACGAUCGCAUCAAAGAGAUGAUCAAGUACAAGGGACUGCAGGUUAUUCCCAGUGAACUGGAGGGCAAGCUCAUCGACCACCCUGACGUGGAAGAUGCCGCCGUCGUGGGCAAGUGGGUUGACGAGAGGGCCACAGAGCUGCCGGUCGGCUUUUUGGUUCUCAGCCGCGCGGCCAAAGAGAGGGACGAGAAGACCGUCAUCGCCGGAAUCAACACAUGGCUGAACGAGCGCGUUGCAAACCACAAGCGUUUGCGCGGCGGCAUCCAUCUCUUGGCGCAGAUUCCCAAGUCGCCUAGUGGCAAGAUCCUGCGUCGCGAAGUCAAGGAAUUGCUCAAGAGCAAGGCUCCCAAGGCCCGUCUGUGA